AUGUCGAUUGUUGUGGAUUUCAAUAGAUUAUCAAAUACGUCAGCUCAAGUUGAAAAUAUGAAUGGGAGGUCUAGUACUAGCACUCAAGAUGAAAAUAUCUAUGAUAAAUUGAAGGUGGCGGCUCAAGAUGGGGAUAUUGAAAGACUAUACGAGUUGAUUGCCGAAGAUCCGAACGUUCUAGGUCACUUUGAUAAAGUGUCAUUUUGUGAGACCCCACUACACAUUGCAGUUGAAGCAGGGCAAACUCAUUUUGCCAUGGAACUAAUGACCCUGAAGCCGUCACUUGCUUCAAAGCUUAACGUGUCAGGUUUCAGUGCGAUGCAUUUAGCUCUGCAAAACAACUACAGCCGAAUGGUGAGAGGGUUUGUAGCAAUUGACAACAGCUUAGUCAGCAUCAAGGGAAGAGGAAGGGUUACUCCUUUGCAUCACGUGGCUCGGAUAGGUGAUGUAGAGUUGUUGAGUGAGUUCUUGUUUGCUUGUCCUUCUUCAAUAGAAGAUUUGACGAUUAAGUGUGAAACAGCUGUGCACGUUUCCGUGAAGAACCACCAGUUGUUGGCGUUUAAGGUUCUGUUCGGAUGGCUUAAGAGAGUAAACAAAGAGGAAAUCUUGGACUGGAAAGAUGAAGAUGGUAACACAGUCUUCCAUAUUGCUGCAUUAAUAAAUCAAAAUGAGAUAAUGAAGUUGCUGCAUAAAACCGUUAAGGUAAACGCCAAGAACUUCUAUGGCAAAACCGCGUGGGACAUACUCCAAACUCACCAAUCUCCUUGUUUCCCUGAAGCAAGAAGACUUCUUCACAAUGUGAAAGAAAGACUACUUUGUGGUUCCACUACGACUCUUGCCAGAUAUUUGAGCAAAAAUCUAUCGUCUAUUGAGAAACGGAACAAAUUCUUGGGGCUGGGCAACUUGAACUCAAAUCGAGAGAGGUCUCUAAAUACUAGCAAACGCAACGAUGCGAUACUCGUUGUUGCUAUACUAAUAGUAACAGCUACUUACCAGGCCGGAUUCAGUCCUCCAGGAGGAUUUUGGCAGGAAAGUUCCUCAAAUCCUCACGAUAUUCACUCUGCUGGGCAGAUGACUAUGCCUUCUAAUAUUGCCGUAUUUUUCACUGUCUUCAACGGGUUUGCGUUCUUAUCAUCUCUAUAUGUGAUUAUUGUCCUCAUAAUUGGACUCCCCAUGUGGAAGUUAAUUUAUGGUUCAGUUGCGGCUAUAAGUAUAGCUAUGGUAGCAUCAUACGUUACUAUAUUCCCGGAUCCAGGUGGCCGUAUAUCAACGGUCGUCUUCGGCUAUGUCUUGGCAUUCCCAUUGACGAUAGGAACCAUGCUGUUGGCUACUCUCAUGGCAUUCACUGUUGAUAAACAUUGCAGGCACCGAGUGGACUUCCCCGCGAGCUGUUUCCGCUCAUAUGAUGCAACACAUCUUCGCUUUUUCUUGUUAUUUAUUUCGCUUCUUUUUUUCCUUGGUGUUUUCACUUUUGUUCAUAUUAGUUAAAGCAUUCCUUCGUUAAGGGGAGGGAGGGACGGUUGUUUUAGCCUUUAGGUACCGAGUGAAUUUAAAACUCUGUGCUCUUCUUUGAUUAAUCGGCGUUUACAUGGUAUCAAAGUAUUUAUUCUGUCUUCAGUUAUUCUUAGAACCAACGACUAUUACGUUUACGAUGGCCAUCAUCUCAGUGAGCUAUCGCUAUGAGCCGUGAAGCCUUCAAAAUUGUUACUAUGGUUCUAAAGGCAUACUUUCUUUACUAUCCGUGGCUUUGUCAACCUGCGUUUGA